ACCAAUUACCGAGAGCGGCCGCUUGCCAGCUCUGCGAAUCAUAAAGCGGGAGAGCCAGAGCGACGUCUCUUUUAGCUAAAGAAAAGUUACUUCGUCACUUUCCUGUGGUGGGAGCCAAUCACCUUCACGCUACCGCAGCCUCUGUGCCGGACGAGCCAAUUAGGCGGGGCGUUACUGCGGGCUGCCGCGUUGUACGCUCCCGCGCGGCGCAACGUGAGCUUCUGUAGCGGGUUAUCGCGGGGAGCGGCGUGGGAUGGGCGCCGGGGGCUCUGGGCUGUAGUUCUCCCCCCGCUGCCCGGCGGGACGCUGCUCUAACGGAACGCGGGUGCCGUUUUUGCUGGGGCGCCUCCGGCCGCGCCCCGCCAGUUGCCAUCUUACAGAGGCAGGAAAUGGAGGAUGAGUAGAAAGGGACGUUUUGAAGGCGAUUAAAAAAUGAUUUAAAAAAAGCACAAAAGCGCUCUUUCCUCUCACACACGUGCCAGCUUCGCCCCUUGCUCGGCUCUCCGCCUCGCCUCGCCCAGCCCCGGCGCGGCAGCCCGCAGCCCUCCCGCUCCCGGAAGGGGCGGCGCAGCGGCUCCCGGCUCCCGGCGGCGGCGGGCCGUUGCCGUGACGGCGGGGCGGACAUGGCGGACGAGGCGCUGUUCCUGCUGCUGCACAACGAGAUGGUGGCGGGGCUGUACCGAGCCGCCGAGCAGGGCGAAGGGGAGAACGGCCGCUGCACCACCAAGCUGGAGAGCAUGGGCUUCCGCGUCGGGCAGGGGCUGAUCGAGAGGUUUACAAAAGAUACAGCCAGGUUCAAGGAUGAAUUAGAUAUUAUGAAGUUCAUUUGCAAAGAUUUUUGGACAACUGUAUUCAAAAAACAAAUAGACAACCUAAGGACUAAUCAUCAGGGUAUUUAUGUUCUUCAAGACAACAAAUUUCGACUCUUGACACAAAUGUCCGCAGGAAAGCAGUAUUUAGAACAUGCACCAAAGUAUUUAGCAUUUACCUGUGGACUAAUCAGAGGGGGCCUAUCGAAUUUGGGAAUAAAGAGUAUUGUAACAGCUGAAGUUUCAUCAAUGCCUGCAUGUAAAUUCCAGCUACAACUCACUUCUGUAAUGAGUAUGUGCAGGAAGAUGAUUAGGCCAGCCAGAAGAUAUAAAGACAUCACCAAGACCCUAGAGGAGAUUGGGGGUUGCUGGAUACUACUUGUUACAACAUUUGUGUAACAAUAUGUAUCUUGCUAUGGGUAAGCAUGAAAACAUCUUGUUUAAACUUGUAACAAAUUUUAUUGUAAGACUUUUCUGUUGGCUGGGUCAAACCUUACAUUUUCAGAAAUGUGAGAAUUGCGACUCACUUUCUACUUUGAGACCAGCAAAUAACAGGCUAGAUAUAAAAAAAAAAUGCACUAAAACAACGUUUUUGUCUGUUUUAACCAUCUUCUGUGUUGGAAUAAAUGUUUGUCUAAGUGCAUGGUUGGGCAGGAACACUGGAAGUUGUUCUGUAAACUCUAAGGAAGUUCUGAAGCUUGUAAUGGAUAGAUGCCUUUUGUAGUCUAUAAAUCUGUGCUGGCAAGCUAUAGAUUAUAGACAUGAUAACCAGGGGCUUAUUAUAUGAGCUCAAGAUGUGAACAAAUUCAAAUUUUUUCAGGUACUGUGAAUGCUAGCUCAGAUUAGUUGUAACUGGAUAAUUUGAUAGUUCUAAGAAAGAUCUAAAGCACUAGCAGAAUGCCAUGGCACCAUUUAGAGACCUAGAGAAGAUAAAAGUAACCAUGGUGAUUGGUGCUCUGUAGGGAUCAGCUGUGUGACUGAAAACACUGAGCUCUUAUACUGAUAGUUUACAGGAAGGUUGUGGUGGUUGUCCACAUGUACAAUUCAGGCUUCUCUGAAAUUGUAAGGUUAGAGAAUUAGCUGACUGCUAUUCUUCCUGAGUGUGUUUUGUGGGUGCUUCAGUUGCCAACUCAUGCUGUUUUUAAGUGCUGUUAUUAAAGGGACUGACUUGCACUGUGCCUAACAGAUGGACGCUUCAGUGACACCCACACAACUUGGUAGGCCAUUUUGUAAUUUGCUUCUCUAAAAUUAAAACUGUAGUAGUUUCUUUCAUUUUCACUUGACAGUUAAAAUUACUGUUCCACAUAAGAAAGUGCUAAUAAUUCUAAGUUACACUAUGGCCUUAACCAUUAACUCGUGCUUAAUGAUAUGUCUUUUUUAAAUAGUGAGGGAUUGAUAUCUGCUUCCUGUACAGUGUGAAAUUCAAUACUGUCUAUCAGUCUGCUGUUACCAGCAGAAAUCAGAGUUCCUUUAAACUGGAUUUUCAAUUGUUGAAGAUAAUUAAAACCCAAUAGAAUCAUGUAUGUACAAAGCAGACACCAAUAUUCUUGGCAAAGCACUCUCUUUCAAUAUGUUCAAUAUGUUAAAUCAAAUAGGUGAGCUAACGUAUUUGUCAAGAUAUUAUACAGAAAAUAAAUUUGUCCAUUUUGUUUAAUAAAUGCUUCUGUUAAAGAA